AUCUUACACAAUUUGGCUUAGCAAAUAACAUAAUUAUUGAAUUAGACAAAGAUAGUAAAUGUAAAACACAACUUGAUUUAUUAGAUAUUCAUUUGAGUUUAGAUAAUUAUGAAGAUAGGACAGAUGAUU